UUCAUUGCCUUUGCCUCUUUAUUCUUCAUCCUAGUUUCAAUCACAACCUUUUGCCUGGAAACGCAUGAGGCUUUCAAUACUAUUAUAAACAAAACUGAGCAGGUCAUCAACGGGACAGAAACUGUGCUACAGUAUGAAAUUGAGACAGAUCCUGCCCUGACAUACGUGGAAGGAGUCUGUGUGGUCUGGUUUACAUUUGAAUUUUUAGUACGUGUUAUUUUUUCCCCCAACAAACUUGAGUUCAUCAAAAACCUCUUGAAUAUCAUUGACUUUGUGGCCAUCCUGCCCUUUUACCUAGAAGUGGGCUUGAGCGGGCUCUCCUCCAAAGCUGCUAAGGAUGUGCUUGGUUUCCUCAGGGUGGUAAGGUUUGUGAGGAUCCUGCGAAUCUUCAAACUCACCCGGCACUUUGUGGGACUCAGGGUGCUGGGCCAUACUCUGCGAGCCAGCACCAAUGAGUUUUUGUUGCUGAUAAUAUUCCUGGCACUCGGUGUUUUGAUAUUUGCCACCAUGAUCUACUACGCAGAGCGGGUGGGAGCCCAACCUAAUGACCCGUCAGCAAGUGAACACACACAGUUCAAAAAUAUCCCUAUUGGCUUCUGGUGGGCUGUAGUCACCAUGACCACCCUAGGAUAUGGGGAUAUGUAUCCACGGACUUGGUCAGGCAUGCUGGUGGGAGCCCUGUGUGCACUAGCGGGGGUGCUCACCAUAGCCAUGCCUGUGCCUGUGAUUGUUAACAAUUUUGGGAUGUACUACUCCCUGGCCAUGGCAAAGCAGAAACUGCCGAGGAAGCGGAAGAAGCACAUCCCUCCUGCUCCUCAAGCCAGCUCGCCUACCUUCUGCAAGACAGACUUGAACAUGGCCUGCAAUAGCACACAGGGGGAUAUCUGCCUGGGCAAGGAUAACCAGCUGAUGGAGCACAACAGGUCAUCAGCCACCGUGUCCCACCCUGUUGGACUCCAUGGUGUUUUGCCUCAGUGUCUGUCUCUUGUGUCAGCUUUGCCUGUGCCACAUCGUGGCCUUUUAAGCAAGAUCCUACAAAGAAGCAGUCAUUUAAAAGGAGCAGUGUUAUCAGGUGAAGACAGUGCAGGAAGUGAGCAGCCACUCUCACCUGGUGAAAGGCUCCCUCCCAUCAGACGCUCUAGUACCAGAGACAAAAACAGAAGAGGGGGAACAUGUUUCCUACUGACAACAGGUGAUUAUACGUGUGCUACUGAUGGAGGGAUCAGGAAAGUGUUGUACAGAAUUUAUCAUGGAUUUUUGACUGCUGAAAAAGGGACAAUGGAAUUUAGCCAUACCAAGGACUGUACUGGAAAGAGACUGCUGCUGCUGAAUGGGCCCUGAUAAACAACUCACGCCUUGAGGAGGUCACUGAGACUUUACAUGGGAAGUAGAGCUUGUUAAAGAAGAUUAAAGACUGCUCGUAAUUACUGCUGCCAGAGGAAGGGGUGAUUAGUCACUGUUGAUGAGUCAGCUGUAAAUAAAACAUGUGUGCAUGGAAUAUCAGUUUUUAUCUGUAUCAAGGAAAGCUGAAUUCAAGUCAUCAUUGCUAAGGCUCCAUGCAAAGACCUGCACCCCUGUGUGUAUUAUUCCUGGUUCCUGCAGUAAAUUGUGCUGUGAAUCAUACAAAGACACACAAUUAAUAAUGAUAGUGUUGUAAACUACAUCUGUCUUGACUUCUGUCAUAAUAAUGGUGUAUUUUGCAAAGGUCACAAAUAUGAACAGAGUAGGUUUGCAUAAGUCCUUGCUUUCUCAGUUUGCCAUGACCUGUAUUUGUAUGAAUUCUAGUGUACAUGCCAAGUCUUAAGUUUACUUUUCACUUUGAUAACAGAAAUGUGACUGCAGACAAACAUCACUGACUUUGUUCACAGCACACAGUCUUCUUUCAUUGUUACCUCAAACUAUAAGUAUUAUGAGAAAUAAAAAUUCUGGCAGCAAGUCUAUUUUGGUUUUGUUGUUGUUGUUUGGUUGUUUGUUUUUUUUUUAAUUUAGUGUUGCAAACCCAACAUCAGUAAGUAUAAAAGUUGUAUUAAAAUUAUAUCUUACAAAUGUAUAUUUUACAUAAAAGAGAGAUUCUUUGAACUGUUACUUUAUGUGAUUUUUGUAGUAAAUCUAAUCUAUUCUAUGUUUAUGAAGCAUUCUAGUGCUACAAUGUGGUAAUUAUGUUCUCUCCAUCCCAUUCAGUGGGAAGUUCUCCAGAAUCUCUUGUGUCACCCUGUUGUCCCAAUUGUAGGGACCUGUCCCAGUUGUGAAACUCUGUAUUGUGGAACUUCUGUGAACAUGUCAAGGUGCAUGCACAGCCCUGGUGGAAACCAGUGGAAAUGUAAUACCUAAAUUGGAGAAUAAAAGGCAAAAGACCUGGGGAGGAACUUGGAACAUA